UGGCUCGUGAAGGUGCUGCUUGUCAUGAGGCUGCAUCCAUUCUCAAGUUGCACCCUCGCCAGCAACUUUUCAUUUCCGGUGUAUUAAUUAAAGAAUCGAUUAUUCUUCAAAGUCAUACAGUAGUUUUUUUUUUUUUGCAGCUAGUGAUCUCAUUAGUUUCGAUAUUAUUGGAAGAAGAAAAAAAACUCUCGAGCAGGAGAGUUUCAAUAAAAUUUCCCUCAGUCUUGUAAUUGUUGGAAGAUAUGAGAGUUUUCGUAUUAUUGACUCUUUUGGUAGUCAGACUGCAUUUAGCGAGAUGUCAGGGAUUCGGAGGUGGUGGUCCAAGUACUUUCGGAUAUGAUGCAUCAUCAGCAUGCAGCAAACCAUACUCUCGUGAUGCUCGCGUUUUAUUUGAAAAUCUCCCCUGCGACUUUCGCCGACAAAAUUGGUGCACAGUCGCUGGCAAUACAUAUCCAUGGCAAGCAGUUCGAAGAUUCGUCAAGGAAAAUCAAGGCCUGAUGAGAAGAAUGUAUGGAGACGAGAGGCACAUUAAUAUUUUGAAAUCAGAACUGGAGAAAAAUGACAUUGAGAUAGAAAUCGAAUACAAUUAUCAAAGAUAUCCGGAAAAAUCCAGGCGCUUCGACUAUGACGAAUGGGAAUUAAAUGAUCCAAGAUAUCCCAGCAUCCUUGACGAGGAACCAGAGAGAAGAGGAUACACGAGUCGAUCUCUAAACGACGUGAAACUAAAGGUGGAUAAUAAAUUUUUCAAACUGGAAGAACGAGUGAAAUUCCAAUUCAAACCCUUGGAAAAUCCAACCAGUACAUCAACAUCGACAACAACUUCAACUUCUGCUCCUAGUUCUACUCUUCCGUCAACAAGUUCAUCUGAUAAAAUAACUUCGACAACAACUACUACUGCUGGGACUACUACUAGUAGUAGUAGUAGUACUUCUACUACUUCUACUACUUCGACUACUUCAACCACUUCUACUUCCACUACAACAACUACGACAACACCACCAAUGACAUCGCCAAUUUCCAAUUUUCUAAAUUCAUCAGAUUCGAAAUACAAUUCUACAACUCCAAAUGUGGAGAAUAACACCGAAUCACAUUCCACCUCAGCGCCAAUCACACUGGCCGACAUUGCAAAUAUUCAAAAUUUCAGUAUUAAUGAAAUUCCGGGACAGAAUAUUGAAUCUAAUGAGGAAAUUGCCGAUGAUGAAUUACCGACGACAAAAUUUCCCGAUUUAACGAGUAUCGAUCGAAUCGAUGAGAUUGUUGACAAUGAGAAUGAAGAUAAUGAUGAUGAUGAUGAUGAGGAUGAUGGUGAUGGUGAUGAAAGCGAGGAGGAAGAAAAAUUGGAGGAGGUGAUUGAUCAAUUGGCGGAGGAGAGCGAGAAACGCCAUGAAUUCCGACCUCGACCCGAGUAUCGUCCAUCCGAGACGAAAAAUAAUGGUUCCAGUAUGCAAGGACAAUUAUUUCAAGACGUCGCUGCCAAGGAGAAGCAGAAGCAACCGAUCUACAAGGGCCCUGGAAUAAAUGCUUGUCCAGUCAAGGAAGAAGUGGUGGCUCCAUUUUGGGCGAAUAACACUCGUGGUGAAGUCCUGGCUCUAUUAAAUCUUUAUCCCUUCGAGCAAUACGUCCAUUGGGAAAAGUGCACGCACGAGGACAAACAAAUGAAUUGCCGAGAUGGUUGCAAGUGUGAACAACAGUACAGAUUACACAGAUUAUUGGCCUACGAUCCAAAUAACGAGUGUCGUGGAAUUUUCAGUGAUUGGUUCAAAUUUCCCAGUUGCUGUUUGUGUCGCUGUUACAAUAUUCCUGUUGAAUUUCGUGUCACAUCUCGUUCACCUCGCUUGCAAAAACAAAAAGUAAAAUUACGAGUUUCGCGAAAUUAAAUUUAAAAAAAACCCUCUUUUCAUUUUUUUUUUUUUUUUAAAUCGAAAUAGAAAAUUUCAAAUUAAAUUGAGAACAUUAAUAGUUUUCUUAAUUUAUCUCUAUUUUUUAAAUAAAAAAAGAAAUUAUUUUCUAUUUCGAUUGAAAAACGAAUUUUUCUAGUUUUUAUAGAUAAAAAGUUGCGUUAAUACAGUAAAAAAAUGAGUUAUUAAUACUUUUUUGAAUUGAUUUUUAAACAACGUAAAGAAAUUAAAAAUUAGAAAAAAUUAGUAACUCAUUUCUUUUUUGUUUUUCGAAUUUGAAAUGCAAGGCUCGUGAUUGAAAUGAUUUCGCCAUUUCUUGUUUAUUUGUUUACGUUAUAUUUGAACAUUUUUUUUUUUUAUUUACUUGAUAAGUGAAUAGUAGGUGCA